ACGGUAAGAGACGAUAAAAUCUGUUUCUCAGAGACCGAGGAUGGAGACGUCAGUGGAAGCAGCCGAGCUGUUGGCGCCGUCGCCCCUGGAAACCGGGAAUUUGGACGGAGACUCCGCCUCCUCGGCGACCUUUGACCCCCUGGAGGAGUUCAGCCGGCGGCUGCAGGACAUCCUGAGGACGCACGGCUCGGCCGACGGCCUCCUGGACAAACCGGUCGCCAUGGACACCGAGACGGAAAAGACCCCAGAGGUCAAAGGUGACAUGGAGACAGACGUGUCCCUCAUCCGGCAGCGCCUGACCCGCCUGCCGUCCGCGGAGGACAGACUGGAGGACCUGGCGCAGCAGUUCGCCGAGCUGGCGGCGCUGUGGCGCGGCGAGCAGCAGAAGAAGAGCGCGCUGCAGCAGAAACUCUGCCACCUGCUGGAGGAACGGCGCUGCAGCAUGGCGGCGCGCAGCCAGCUGGAGGCGCUGUGCAGAGACCUGCAGGCUCACCACGGCGCGCUGCGGGAGGAGACGCUGCGGCGCUGCAGGGAGGACGAGGAGAAGCGGAGCGACAUCACCAACCACUUCCAGGAGACGCUAGAGGAGAUCCAGGCUCAGAUCGAGCUGCACAGCGGGAGGAACGACAAGCUGCGGCAGGAAAACGCCAACCUGAACGACAAGCUGGAGAACCUCAUGAGCCAGUAUGAGCGGCGGGAGGAGUUGCUUAGAGAAGCUAUUGACAAAACAAAGAAAUGCUUCGCUAUGAAGGAGCAGGAGCUGGCCAUGAAGAAGAAGCUGGCGCUCUACGCUCAGAAGUUUGACGAGUUUCAGGCGACGCUGGCCAAGAGCAACGAGAUCUAUGUCCGCUUCAAACAGGAGAUGGACAACAUGACUGAGAAGAUGAAGAAGGUGGAGAAGGAGGCAAACCUCUGGAAGACCAGGUUUGAGAACUGCAACAAGACGCUGAUCGACAUGAUUGAGGAGAGAACAGAGAAAGGCAGAGAGUACGACCUGUUCGUCCUGAAGAUCCAGAAGCUGGAGAAGCUCUGCCGUGUUCUGCAGGAGGAGAGGAAAGGACUCUACGACAAGAUCCGAGAGGUCCGCCAGUCCAGCGCCGGCCUCCCGUCCAAGCUAGCCAACUUCACCGAGAACGCUGGAGUUCCUGAAGACGCUGCCAUGCCGGACCUGGAGGGGCUUCAGGAGCUCCAGGAGGACGACCCGGUUCUGACGGAGAACAUCGCCCGGCUGCGGCAGGAGCAGGCCAAGCUGCAGGAGUUCGCCGCCGCCCUGCUGGCCGCGCCGGGCGAUAACGAGGAGCAGGACGAGAAAAAGGAGCAGAGCGCCGAAGAUGAUGUCAUCGUCUCCGCCAUCGCUCAGUUCCAAACCAGAACCGACGUCAAGGAAGGUCCGGCUUCAGCGCCUGGUCAGGCAGAAGGCGGAGAAGAGAAGGCUGAAGGUCCACCUGUGGUUCUGCUGAAGGCUCCAGAACCGCAGGUAACCGGGUCAGAACCAACCGACCCGGUUAUGCCUCCGGAGGUGGAGCAGAGUCCGACACAAGUCAGAGAGGAUGUCCAACAGCCAGCAACCUCAGAACCAGGCAGGGCAGAUCCAGAACCAGAACCAGGCAGGGUGGAUCCAGAACCCGGCAGGGCGGAGCCAGAACCCGGCAGGGCAGAUCCAGAACCAGGCAGGGUGGAUCCAGAACCAGAACCAGGCAGGGUGGAUCCAAAUCCAGAACCAGGCAGGGCGGAUCCAGAACCAGAACCAGGCAGGGUGGAUCCAAAUCCAGAACCAGGCAGGGUGGAUCCAGAACCAGGCAGGGUGGAUCCAGAACCAAGCAGGGCGGAUCCAGAACCAGGCAGGGCGGAUCCAGAUCCAGAACCAGGCAGGGCAGAUCCAGAACCAGGCAGGGCGGAUCCAGAUCCAGAACCAGAAGCUUUAGAGACAGAACGUCUGAAGGAGACCAGUUUGGUGAAACCAGUCCUCCCAGUGGAAGAGGUUCUGGUCCAGCAGUUGCCCAGUGGGCCAGAACCAGGAGAGUCCAGUAAACCGUCUAACGGGUCAACCAAAGCAGCCGGCGGGAAGCAAAUCCCCAAGAAAAAGAAGAAAAGAAACAGCAAGAGCAGCAGCUGAACCUUGAGCCGUGUGUGUGUGUGUGUGUGUGUGUGUG